UCAUAUGCAAACUUUGGAAAGAAAAAGAAACAAAAACAGAAACAUGUUUCAUUAAAAAUUGUACAUGUUCGUUCCUCUUCGUAUUUGAUUCAAAAUCAAAGAAUCACAUGCAUGCUUACGUCACUCUCCAUUUUCCAAAACCCUAAACAUGGUUGAUGAUUCUAACGAUGACCCAUCAAAGAUUCAAUCGCUUUCAACCAAUUCACCUAAUGAUGCAGGGAAUGAUGUCAAGGUGAGUUCUAAGGACCAGAGAGAUGCUCUUCCUGGGGAGCCCCAGUGUAUUGUAUGUGGCCGAUACGGUGAAUAUAUAUGUGAUGAAACUGAUGACGAUGUUUGUAGUUUGGAAUGUAAACAAUCGGUACUAUCUCGAAUUUCCAAAUCGUCGUCUAGUGUUGGAUGUCUUCCACCACCUAAAAAGCUACCUGCAGCCGAUGAGUGCAUUUAUGUUAGAGAUACUGAUAACAUAUCAGGAACGCCGUCUUUAGGAGGUGAUCAUGUUCAGGCUGAAUUGCUUCGGAAGAAACUCGACAUUCAUGUGAAGGGUGUUGUUUCGGCACCGGUUAUGUCAUUCGCUUCAUGUAACCUCCCUGACAAACUCCUGCAGAACAUAGAAGCAGCUGGUUAUGAGAUGCCUACGCCUGUUCAAAUGCAAGCCAUCCCUGCUGCUUUGGUCGGGAAGAACAUGCUUGUUUUGGCCGAUACAGGUUCAGGAAAGUCUGCUUCGUUUCUUAUUCCAAUAAUUUCUCGUUGUGCUAGUCAUCGUUUGAUGUAUGUUUCGGAUAACAAAAAGCCUCUAGCUAUGGUGUUAACACCUACUAGAGAGCUCAGUAUACAGGUUGAAGAGCACGCGAAAUUACUCGGGAAAGGGUUGCCGUUUAAAACCGCACUUGUGGUUGGUGGUGAUGCCAUGGCUAGACAACUUUACCGCAUUCAACAAGGAGUUGAAUUGAUUGUGGGAACACCAGGACGGCUUGUUGAUCUUUUAACGAAAAAUGAGAUUGAUUUAGAUGACGUGACGACUUUCGUUGUCGAUGAAGUGGACUGCAUGCUUCAAAGAGGUUUUCGAGAUCAGGUCUUACAGAUAUUCACGGCUUUGUCACAACCUCAGGUCUUAAUGUAUUCUGCAACAACGUCCGAUUCUUUAGAGAAGAUGGCAAACUCUAUGGCAAAAGAUACAGUGGUUAUAACUGUUGGCGAACCUAACAGACCAAACAAGGCGGUGAAGCAGCUAGCAAUUUGGGUCGAGUCGAAACAAAAGAAGCAGAAACUGUUUGAUAUUUUAAAAAGCCAGAAACAUUUUAAGCCACCUGUUGUAAUAUAUGUCGGCUCAAGACUCGGGGCAGAUCUCUUGGCAAACGCAAUUACAGUUUCAACAGGAGUUAAAGCUGUUUCAAUACACGGCGAGAAAUCUAUGACCGAAAGGAGAGAAAUAAUGCAGUCAUUUAUGGUUGGCGAGUUCCCGGUGGUUGUGGCUACCGGAGUUCUGGGUAGAGGGGUUGAUCUAUUAGGCGUAAGACAAGUUAUUGUAUUCGACAUGCCUAAUUCAAUUAAUGAAUAUGUACAUCAAAUAGGAAGGGCCUCUAGAAUGGGAGAGGAAGGUCAAGCCAUAGUUUUUGUGAAUGAUGAGAAUAAGAAUGUUUUUCCAGAGUUAGUUGAUGUAUUAAAGUCGGGUGCCGCCGCUAUACCUCGGGAGCUUAUCAAUUCACAGUAUACCACAAGGGUUUUCUCUGGAGGAAAGGGUUCAAAGAAAAGAAAACAUAGAUGAUGAAUUUCUGUUACUUGCUUACUCUAGACUUAAUUUUUUUUGCUAACUUAGAAAAUACAUGUAUAUUAUGACACCUUUGAAAGAUGAAGAUUUAUUCAUAUUUGUAGCACAAUAUCAAAUAUGUUUAACCUUGUAACUGUAAUCAAUUACAUAAAGUAUGAGAUUGAAGAAAAGUGUUAGAUUCUA